ACUGUUAAAAUAUAUACACUUAUCGUCUUGUUAGUAGGAAUUGAAAUUUCAUCCACACCAUGCAUGACAAGAUAACAUCAAACAAUCGGCACCUAUAAGAUCUGAAUUGCAUUGCAAAAAAUGCGAUUCAUUGUUAGUAGUUGUCAAAACGCCAACCAUGAACGUAGAAAAAAUCGAAAAACUCGAAGAUAUCGUCCCUUUGGGCGAGAACAAGACCAUAAUAGACCACCAAGUGAAACGUUUGACAGCCGCUGGUGAGAACUAUGGUAGUUUAAUGCUCAGUGUUGAUAUCACCGUCCAAAAUGCUUAUGGCACUGAAGAAAUCCACACCGUUGCAAAAAUGGUACCACCGAAUGACUUCAUCCAGGAAGUUUUCAACACCCAGACGACCUUCAAAAACGAGAUUGGCUUUUACAAUAACAUAGUACCGGCUUUGCAUGAGUUCCAGAGGGAACAAGGUAUGGACGAACUUGUAGACUUUUCCCCCACGUACUACGGAGGUCGGAUAAAUUUAACUGGAGACUCGAGUGUCGUAGAUUCGGAUGCUGUUCUUCUGCUAGAGAAUUUGAAGACCGUCGGGUAUAAGAACUUCGAGCGAACGCUAGGAUUUGAUCUAGACACUUCUAAAUUAAUAGUUGCUGAUUUGGCGCAUCUGCAUGCAGUACCGUUAGGACUGAAACUGAAAAAGCCCGAUGUGUUUGAAACCGAAGUGAAGAAGUACUUAGCACCUUUCAACCCUCAACGACCCGAUUCCUCUUAUCAAAGAUUUUUUGCUACGAUUGAUAAAAUAGAUGAACUGAAACUUUUCAAGAAAAGAAUUCAGAAGGCUUUCGACAAUUCUUUGCAACAGAGCGAGGCCCGCGAACCCUUUGCGACCGUUGUUCAUCAAGACUGCUGGGUAAACAACAUCAUGAUUAAAGUGGAAAAGGGAAAAUCCGUGAAAAAUAAGUUUGUUGAUUUCCAAAUUUGCGACUACGGCUCUCCGGCUAAAGAUUUAAUUUACUUUCUUUUCUUAAGUGUACAGAAUAACGUCCUGGAAAAACAUUACGACGAUUUAAUCCGGUACUACCACCAAACGUUCACGUCAACCUUGCAGAAACUCAAAUGUGACACUACAAGAUUCUCAUUUGACGCUCUCUUGAAGGAAAUUAAUUAUGAAGCUGCCCAUUCACAGUUCAUACAAUUGAUGUUCAGGACUUUUCCAAUUUUUGCAACAAAAGGGACAGUGAAGGAACUGUCGGAAAUAACCCCAGCCGACUUGAUACCGGAAACGGCCGAGACCACGGAUCUUCACAAGCAAAAACUAAUUUUUAUUGUUAAACAAUUCGUUAAACAGAACUGGAUUUAAGUAAAUUUUUUGAGAACAA